UUAGAACAACACUGCAGAGUUUAGAAGAUGUUGAACGUUGUACCUCUGUUUUGCAGCAUGCAUUACCUUAAUGAAUGUGUGUGUGUGUCAUUAUAUAACAUGUAAAAAUGUUAUAUUGAUCUUUCUUAUUGGUUGCUUGUAUGCAAGCCAGUGUUAGCUCAGUAAAUAUGCUCGCCUUAUCAACCAAGAUGCAGGAUAAAACCAAACCAUCAAAUGGCUUUGCUAAAGGAUGUCACUUAAAUGACGAUUCGGGCGUGGGCAUCCACGUAUAUGAAGGCUGGACCCUGCAUUAAAGCCCUGAGGGUCCCGAGGCAUUCUUUACGUAUAGUUGAGGUUCAUGUGCUGAGUAUAGAAACGACGUUAAACAUCACAAUGAGUUCAUCUGGAGAGUAUAUGAAUGGCCAUGUCCACCUGGAAGAAUCAGAUGUGGAAGAUUCCGAUGGGAAGCUGUUUCUUACAGAGGCUUUCAACAUAAUCAUGGAAGAAAUUCUUAACAAAGGAACUGAUUUAAAGGAGAAGGUAUGUGAGUGGAAAGAUCCAGAUCAGCUGAGAUCUCUCCUGGACCUCGAACUCCGGGAUCAUGGAGAAUCUCAUGAGAAGCUGCUGCAGAGGGUUCGAGAUGUGGCCAAAUACAGCGUAAAAACUUGUCAUCCUCGGUUCUUCAAUCAGCUGUUUGCUGGCGUGGACUAUCAUGCACUGACGGGACGGCUCAUCACUGAAACCCUCAAUACCAGCCAAUACACCUAUGAAGUGGCUCCGGUGUUUGUCCUGAUGGAGGAGGAGGUGAUCAGUAAGCUUCGCUCUCUGGUUGGCUGGUCAGAAGGAGAUGGGAUCUUUUGUCCUGGAGGAUCCAUGUCCAACAUGUAUGCCCUGAACGUCGCUCGGUACUGGGCUUUUCCUCAAGUAAAGACAAAAGGCUUGUGGGCUGCACCACGAAUGGCUAUAUUUACAUCACAACAGAGUCAUUACUCAAUGAAAAAAGGAGCUGCGUUUCUUGGUAUUGGAACAGAAAAUGUUUUCAUUGUGCAAGUGGAUGAGAGCGGCAGCAUGAUACCUGAAGACCUGGAGGCAAAAAUUGUGCAGGCAAAAUCCCAAGACGCUGUUCCGUUUUUCGUGAACGCCACAGCGGGAAGCACAGUGCAGGGCGCCUUUGAUCCUCUAAAGCGCAUAGCUGACAUAAGUGAAAGAAACGGCAUGUGGAUGCAUGUUGACGCCGCAUGGGGAGGAAGCGUGCUGUUUUCCAAAAAACACAGACAUCUGGUUGCAGGAAUAGAAAGAGCAAACUCCGUGACUUGGAAUCCUCACAAAAUGCUUCUGACGGGACUGCAGUGCUCUGCUGUUUUGUUCAGAGAUACUACGAAUUUGCUCAUGCACUGUCACAGUGCCAAAGCCACAUACCUGUUCCAGCAAGACAAGUUCUACGACACAAGUCUCGACACGGGGGACAAAUCCAUCCAGUGUGGCCGGAAGGUGGAUUGUCUGAAGCUCUGGCUGAUGUGGAAGGCAAUAGGAGCUCGUGGGCUUUCACAGCGUGUUGAUAAGGCCUUAGCCCUCGCUAGGUAUUUAGUUGAAGAAAUGGAGAAACGGGAGAAUUUCCAGCUGGUCUGUAAGGGGCCAUUUGUGAACGUUUGCUUCUGGUUUAUUCCACCAAGUUUGAAAGGAAAGGAGAGCAGCCCAGAUUACCAGGAAAGAUUAUCCAAGGUGGCGCCAGUCAUUAAAGAGAGAAUGAUGAAGCGAGGAACGAUGAUGGUGGGAUAUCAGCCAAUGGAUGAACACGUCAACUUCUUCCGCAUGGUGGUUGUUUCUCCACAGCUCACAACCAAAGACAUGGAUUUCUUCCUCGAUGAGAUGGAGAAACUCGGGAAGGAUCUGUGAUUUGCUCUGAAUAUCAAUCGUGGAUCUAUAGACACUGUCACAUUUUGCCCUCAUUGUCCAUCAUUUUGAAAAAAAGCAUGAUCGCUAAAACUCAUUUUGACGUAAACAAUACACAAAACUGACUUCAUAGAACAAGCCUGCAAAAUUAAUUCUUGUUCACACACACACUACUGGUUGAAAGUUUGGGAUCAUUGCAAUUUAGUAUCUGAAUAAUUACUCAAUUUUUACUUCAUAGUUUUUUAGUGCCAUUUAUAAGAACAAUUGCUGCUCAAGAAACAUUUAGUUUAUCACUAAGUUAUCUGCCAUUUGCUUUUAGGAAACUGAAAUGGAUAACAAAAUAACACUGCUUUUUAGCAAGGAUGCAAUAAAUUCAUAAUUUCAGCAAAGCCAUUUAUUAUCUUAUGAAUGAUUAAGA